AUGACUUUUACCAAGUAUACUGCUGGUGGACACGCCCCCACUGAUAUUCCUUCUAAUUGCAACGUGGGAGAGGAGGAUAUGACACGCGAUAUCGCAGGGAGUAGAAACACCCCUGUGAUACUGUUCUUCAUAUUCAGGGAGGAAGACGAUGAUAUUACCACCAAUACAGACGGGUGUGGACACGCCCCCACUGAUAUUCCUUCUAAUUGCAACGUGGGAGAGGAGGAUAUGACACGCGAUAUCGCAGGGAGUAGAAACACCCCUGUGAUACUGUUCUUCAUAUUCAGGGAGGAAGACGAUGAUAUUACCACCAAUACAGACGGGUGUGGACACGCCCCCACUGAUAUUCCUUCUAAUUGCAACGUGGGAGAGGAGGAUAUGACACGCGAUAUCGCAGGGAGUAGAAACACCCCUGUGAUACUGUUCUUCAUAUUCAGGGAGGAAGACGAUGAUAUUACUCCCAAUACAGACGGGUGUACACCCGUCUGUGAAAGAGAAGGCAGAAGCAAUCUCUGCCGAGGGAGUCAGCGAGCGGCCGCGCGGAGAGGAGGGGCGGGCGGUCCCCAGGCGGGCGGGCGCAGGGCGCAGGGCGCAGGGCGCCGACCUGCCGGAGAGGGGGCCCGGGCGCGAGGCGGAGUCCCGGCGCGCGGCCAGGCUGGUGGAGGCCCCCGGCAGGCUGCAGAUUCCCUCCGGCCCCGGGAGCCGCAGCAGGACCGGCCAGGAGGCGCCACGGAGGGGAGCCCCAUCCCGGUGCUGACAGUGCCCACCGCGCCCUACGAGGACCAGCGGCCGGCCGGCGGCGGGGGUCUGCGGCGACCCACCGGCCUCUUCGAGGGCCAGCGCAACUACCUGCCCAGCUUUAUCCAGAGCGUGCUGUCCUCCAUCGACCCGCGCGACCGUCAGGGCUGCACCAUGGUGGUGGGCAGCGACGGCAGGUACUUUAGCAGGACGGCCAUCGAGAUCGUGGUGCAGAUGGCCGCUGGUAAUGGAAUUGGACGACUGAUUAUUGGACAGAAUGGCAUCUUGUCGACACCUGCGGUCUCCUGCAUUAUCAGGAAGAUCAAGGCAGCUGGUGGAAUCAUUCUAACAGCCAGCCACUGCCCUGGAGGACCAGGGGGAGAGUUUGGAGUGAAGUUUAAUGUUGCCAAUGGAGGUCCUGCACCCGAUGUUGUCUCAGACAAAAUCUACCAAAUCAGCAAAACGAUUGAGGAAUAUGCUAUAUGUCCUGAUCUCCGAAUCGACCUAUCUCGACUAGGAAGACAAGAAUUUGACCUAGAGAACAAAUUCAAACCAUUCAGAGUGGAGAUAGUGGACCCAGUGGAUAUCUAUCUUAACCUCCUUCGGACCAUCUUUGACUUUCAUGCCAUCAAGAGUUUGCUGACUGGGCCCAGCCAACUGAAGAUUCGCGUUGACGCAAUGCAUGGAGUUAUGGGACCUUAUGUGAGAAAAGUUCUGUGUGAUGAGCUGGGGGCCCCAGCCAAUUCUGCAAUAAACUGUGUUCCCCUGGAAGACUUUGGAGGGCAGCACCCUGACCCAAACCUGACAUAUGCAACGACUCUUCUGGAAGCAAUGAAAGGAGGAGAAUAUGGAUUUGGAGUUGCAUUUGAUGCUGAUGGGGACCGUUAUAUGAUCCUAGGCCAAAAUGGCUUCUUUGUGAGCCCUUCUGACUCCCUGGCCAUCAUUGCUGCCAACCUCUCUUGUCAGAUGGGGGUCCGCGGGUUUGGGACGAGUAUGCCAACCAGCAUGGCCCUGGACAGGUAAUCAUCCCUUUCAAGCCCUGAUAUCUUCGACUCCCCAAGUCCCGAAGAGGAUAAGGAGGAACACAUUUCACUUGCGCACAGAGGAGUGGAUGCGUCAAAGAAAACUUCCAAGACUGUUACCAUAUCCCAGCACAGCCUGAAUCCAGACUCUGCCUCCUCGCCAUGCCAGCCAAGCCCCUUUUGGCUCCUGCGCUGGGGUAGCCUGCUGGGCCCUUGGUGGCUUGUGGAUGAAGGAACAAGUGAAUGGAGUGUGUGGAGAGAGGCGGGGACAGUGGUGUUAACGGAGAGUUUGACUAACCAGGACAAAGACGCAGCACACAAAUCCCCGGCCCUGAACCCUCCCUGCCUUCCCUCGUCACAGGUGUCUGACAACAAAGCAUCCCUGCCGCCCAAGCCAGGGACCAUGGCAGCAGGUGGCGGUGGGCCAGCCCCUCUGUCCUCAGCGGCGCCCUCCCCCCUGUCAUCCUCUUUGGGAACAGCUGGACACAGAGCCAACUCCCCAUCUCUGUUCAGCACGGAAGGAAAACCAAAGAUGGAGCCUGCGGCCGUGGAGGAGCUAAGGACACAGGUCCGCGAGCUGAGGAGCAUCAUCGAGACCAUGAAGGACCAGCAGAAACGAGAGAUUAAACAGUUAUUGUCUGAGUUGGAUGAAGAGAAGAAAAUCCGGCUUCGGUUGCAGAUGGAAGUGAACGACAUAAAGAAAGCUCUACAAUCAAAAUGAAUACUUGAUCAAUGAAAUGUCACAUUAUUCAUCCUGAGUCCGAGACUCAAAUUUUCUGCCCCAGCCAAAAUAAUCUUGUGCCAAAAGAUUAAAGGUUUGCCUCAAAAUGUCCCUGUUUGAAAGAUUAGCACAAAAGUCUUGAUAGCACAACACAAAUUCCAUCCAAGAGGAGAAUCUUCCCCAGGGUUUAGUCCUGGGGCUGGCACUCGUUGUGACUUACACAGAGCAAAAUUGUGCUAAAGGCUUUUCUACUCUGAGAUCUCAAUGCGAAAUGAAAACUCAGGCAGUUUAGUCCAUAGUGGUACUAUUUUGAUGAUAUUUUCCAUUAAUAAAAUGUAAUUUCAGAUUAUUCGUUUACAAGCUUUAUAAUUUUAUGAUUUUUUAAUCGUGUUUUGUCACAGACUUCCCUGGUGUUUGUACUACACGUAGUCAGAAGCGAGUGUCCUUUUCUUUUGCUUCAGGCUAAGAGCUGCCUCGCUCUUUGUCCCCCCAUUGGGAUUCUAUUACAUAUGCAAUUGUAGGUUCAACCUGUCCCUUUCCCUGCCAGCAAACCCCACCACCCUAAGAGAAAUUUUAGCUUAUAUAUGAUGGUAUAUUUACAAAAAGAGAAAGAGAAAGUCUGGUAUUUGCAAUGAUCUGUGCCUUCUUUUUACCACCCUCUUGAUUGGAGCUUUUGUGAUGCAGCUACCAUGAUUCAAAAAAAUUAAAAAUUAAAAAAAAAAAUCUGCCACUUAUCCAAGUCCACUAGAGGCCACUGUCUUCAAAGCUUCUCUCACCCUAGCCAAAGGUCCUAAGAGGAGACAGCUGUGAAGUUGGGAGUGCUCUGUGGUACCAGCUGUGACUUUUCUAUUUCUCCUAGUUUUAGGUUGUUCAUGAAACUAGAAAUGUCAUCCUGCUUGAUUUUUCAUCAGCCAAGUUAAACCCCUGCUUUCUGUCCUUUGCACCUUUUGCGUGAACAGAAUAUGCAUUAUUAAAGCAAAAAUAAAUAAAAGUAAAAUACAAAUGAAAACAAGGGAGGGAAAGUUGUAUUAUUUCCUGCACUGGGUUACCCGUGUGUGUUAUCGUUUAAACUGUAUUCACAUAAUGUCAUUUGCCUUGCUCACUUGUAACCCCUUCCUCAGGUCCAAGAGAAUGGGAGGAGGGUCAUGUUGAAGUGUAGCCAUUGGAACUUUCUUGCAUUUAUGGAGUUGCUUUUUCUUUCCCAGGGAAACUGAUGUUUGCCUGUCCGCUUUAUCUUUGUAGUAUAUGAACAGUUCAGCCUUAGACUAUGUAACUGUUUUCUCAUCCUUAGCUGAAAAUGAGGGGCUUACUGUAUUGCGAGACUGUUCAGGGGUAGGGGUGGAGGGGGUGGUCCCUUAAUGGCCCCUGAAGAUGUUGGAUGUGUUUCUCAAAAGCUGCUUUGUCUAUUUCCUGAGUUUAAUAGUGAAACUACUAAACAUUAAUAGAUUUGCACAGCCACAAAGAAUGAGAGUUGAUAAUACUGAAGAAGUGAUGCAAAAACAAAAAAUCACAUUAUUGAUCAUUGAUAGUAUUACAAAUAAAUGUCUCUUCCUUUCUCUUCCUCCCUCCCUCCUCCUGCCUUCCUCUUAACCUAUGUGCUCAUCCUUGCUACUUGAGGCUGUUAUUUCCCUCCGAGUAUUUAAGGAGCCCAAACACCUUGGUCUUCCUGGGUGGGGGCAUAAUUAAGGGAAGGGAGUGUAUAAGGAAGGAAACCUGAUACCCUCCAUUCCCAUCCCUGGAUAUAUUGCCUUUUCAGCAGCCUCGGGUUCAGUGUGCUUGGGGUCAGGAGUGACAGGUUCCCAAGAGCAGUGUAAAAUAUCCAUGUACCCCUUGACAGUUAUAAGCAUUUCUGCGUUAAACUUGAAGAUUCCAGAGAUUCCCCACGACCUAAUGAUCUAAGAAUGCAGAUUGGAUUCUUUGAUGUUCAAAUUUCUCAUCUACUUAUGAAAAUCCCUAAUUAUAUAGUUUUAUAUAAUGUGUAUACAGAGUAGGAUUGUUGAUGAAAUUGAGCGGUUGGAACACCCUCAUGGAGCACUGGCAACAUGGAAUGUAGAGAGCUGAUGUCUUCCCCCUCAUAGAGGCCAUUGGCUUCCUUUGUAUAAGGAGAGGGAGAAGUGAUUCUGGAAGGAGAAGUUGGUAUGUCUAGCUUCAUUGCUGCCCCUCGGGCUACCCAGCAAGAGGAUUCUGCGUCAAGGAACUGGAGGAGCCGCUACCCAAACUGCCACCAUCUUUACUCUUUACAAAAUGGACCCAUCGAGAAUGUUGAAAAGCUUGGAAGUAUCACUUUUGAAAAAAAAAAAAAUUAUUUUGCAUUCAGCAUGGACUCGACCAGGCAUCUAUGGAGAUUAUUUUUUUGCUUCAUUUUAUAAAGUUGUAUUUAGAAAAGUCUUAAGUAUUGUGCUUUGUAAAGAAGAUGAUUAAAAUGAAAUUUUGUGAGAA